AUGAUGCACAUCCAGCGGCGGGAGGACGCACGGGCGCAGAAGGACUUCGGCACCGCGGACUACGUGCGCGAGGAGCUGCGGAACUCGGGCGUGGAGCUGAUCGACGCCGAGCAGAAGUGGAGCCCGCCGCUGCGGAUGGGCUCCUUCCCGGGCGCCGCGCUGCAGCAGCAGCAGAACUCGCUCCUCAGCGUGAUUGGUGCCCUCGGCGGCGGCGGCGCCUUCGGCGCGCUGCAGGACGCGCCGCUGGACCCAGCGGCGCAGGCGUUGCAGGCGAUUCAGCAGCUCCUCGGCGCCAGCGCAGGCGGCGCGCCCGCCCACGCGCAGCAAGACCAAGACUACCUGGCUGGCCUGGAAGCCGGCGGCUGCACAGGUGCCCUCAGCGCCGGCAGCGCCGUCGGCACCGCCGUGCCCCUGCUGGGAGGCUGGACGGGGCCUGCCAACGAUCCGUUGGACUUGCUGGGGCUGACCAGAGGCGGAGCCGUCGGCAGCAGCGCUCCUCCUGAUGCCAAGAAGCUGAAGCUCAGCGACGCCUCCAUCGAGGCCCUCAUCAACGGGCGCGAGGCCGUUCGGUCCGAGGCCGCGCGGGCUGGCAGCGGCAACCUAGACGCCGUGCGUGCCAUCGAGGAGGACCUCACCAGGCACGGGGUCGAGGUCCUCGACCACCAGCUGAUGUGGCGGACCUCCGACGGACGGCAGGGCAUGAUCAGACCG